GACUUCCCUUGCCUGUUCAAUCAUCUUAUAAGGUUGCAGCUUCCUGCCUCCACUGUCCCAGGACUCCCUUUUAUUAUUCGGAUGAAAUAUCAGACUUGUGUAUCCAAUUCAUCACCAGUGAAUCACUAAUUCUCCAGCUCCGCUUUGGAUCGACCCAACCAGCCCCGUCUGUUCCUUCCUCUGCUGCGAGAAUCCGUGGAAAAUUUUGUACAUGCCUGCCUCAUCUCGACCGACUGCUCCUUCCCUCCACCGACUUCUAAAUCACUACUUUUGCCUCACACAUUUCACACACCUACCAUCACACUCACUCACUUUUCUCCCCUUCACUCACCACUCAUCAGUCUCUACUCUUUUUCUCCUUCUUCCAUCGCACUCUUUUCGCACUUCACUCUCUACGCUUCUUUUUCUGAUUGCUCAAUACUGAUCACUCGAUACCCUCAUUCUUCCCUUUCAACUUCACGCAAAUCAUCACGAUGCGCUUCACUUCGAUCAUCGUUACUGCUGCGGCUGCUUCUGCGGCAGUCAUCGGCCGCCAGGACACUCCCGCCGCUUCGUCCAAGGUCAUCAUUGGGUCUUCCUACAUGAUUGCCGUUGCCGAUUACGAUGGCAAAUCGUUCAACAUCGUGAAGAACGACACCCAGAUCGGCACCAACCCCAGCUGGAUGGCUUUCAAGGAGCCCAACCUUCUCUACGCUGUUGACGAGAACAGCAACGACCUUCGCUUGUUCAACCUCGACACCACUACCAACGAGCUCAUGGCUGCCGCUAAUUCCACUGAGGGCAACAGGGGAGUUGUCUCCAUCGACUUCAACAAGGACAAGACUCGUCUUGUUGGUGCUUCCUACACCAAUGGCACCGUUGACGUCUGGGAUAUCUCUGACGCAAGCGCUCUUAAGUACAUGAAGAACAUCACUCUCGGUGGUGAGCUUGGUCCCAACAAGGAGCGUCAGACCAAGUCUUUCGCUCACCAGGCCAUUCUCGAUCCCUCUGGUCGCUACUUCGCCAUCUGCGACCUUGGCACUGACUCCGUCUCCAUCAUCGACUCCCAGGAUGAUAAGUUCGAAGUCGUGUCUCGCAACAGCGUCUCUAGAGCUGGUUGUGGCCCUCGCCACGGCGCCUGGUACCCUCAGAAUGGAGGCACGCCUACUGCCUUUGUUGUCGCCUGUGAGCUCACCAACACCCUUGAGGUCUUUUCUGUCUCUACUACCAACGGCUCUUCCCUCUCCCUUACUCAUACCUCGGAGCUGAGCACCUACGGCGCUGCUUUCCCUCCCGCCAACGCCACCUCCGCUGCCGCAGGCGAGAUCAUCAUCUCGGCUGAUGGAAAGCACGCCUACGUCUCCAACCGUGUCAGUGGCAAUGCAACCGACUCCAUCUCCCACUUCAAGAUCACUCAACAGGCGGCCUCCGGCGGCUCCAAGUGCAAGCCCAAGACUGGUGGCAUCACUCUCGAGUUCGUCGACCAAAUUUCCUCCGGUGGCCUGGCCCCGCGCAUGUUCAGCUUCUCCAAGGAUCAGAAGACACUCUUCUCCACCAACAUGGGGGGCACUGACGCUGGUGUGGUGGCGCUCAGCCGUGCCGAGGACACCGGCUCCUUGACUGCUAUGCCCAUUGCGUCCAUUCCCAUCGCGAACUUCAUGGUGGGCACUGAGGCCGGGGCGCCCACGUUUAUCCAGCAGAUCGUCUAGGAUAUCAAUGGCGUUAUGUGUGCCUCAUCACAGCCUUUCUUUGUGUAUCAAGGGAAUGGUUCCCUUUGGCAGGUUCUAUGAAACCGCUUGAUUUUAGGGAGGUUCUUUUCGUUGCAUUAGAUACCAAAGUCAUUGGGGUUAGUGACCUCGUUCUUCAAAAGUUUCAACAAUACAGAUUUUUGAUCUGAGUGUGUGACCCUUCUUGCUUGGAUACGUGAUGUGAAUGUGCUGGGUUCGGUGGAGUGGUAAGGUAGUUGAGAAGGGGAGAAGCCAUGUAGUUGAGUCUUUCCACGGUACCUUAACCUGGAUGGAUCCCGU